AUGAGCUUUGAACGCCCCCUUCGAGGCUCUUGUGCUUGCCACAGGAACCAGUACUUCAUCAGGGCUCCUCAGGAUGCUGAUGAGAUUGCCCAGGUUCUCUUUGGAACAGACAGCUUCCACCGAGCUUCAUUGGCCACCCCCCUCUCUGCCCACAUCCGCAUCCCCCUGACCUGGUACCACUCUGCCACCUAUGCACUGUACCCUGAUGAGACAGCUGCCCAGAUAAGACGGGUCUAUGAGAACCCCCUGGAGGGUCACUCUAGACGGCAGUUCUGUGGCUUCUGUGGCACUCCACUAACCUACUGGUCCGAGGAGCCGCGGGCAGAGGCAGAUUAUAUCCAGGUCACCAUGGGCAGCCUGUGCCGCGAGGACCUAGGCGACCUAGAGGAUCUGGGGCUAAUCCCAGCCUCUCCCUCUGCCCUGCAGCCUGUUACUACUGCUACUACUAUUACUACUGGGGGCCGUGAGACGACCAGCAUUCCAUGGUUCGACAGCAUUGUGGAAGGCAGCAGCUUGGGUGGGCGCCUGCGGACCACCAAGGGCACGCGUCGCAGCGGCGAUGGCACGACCAGGAUCGAGUUCGAGAUUAUCGAGUACAACGAAGGAGGAGGAGGAGGAGGAGGAGGAGGAGGAGAAGCUGAAGACAGCAGUACACCUUCAGCCGCGGGGAAUGGGAAGAGGAAGCUUGGCGACCGGGAUGAU